CUCCUAAUAGAAGUUGCAUGGACAUUUUACGCGAUGACCCAAGAGCAAAAGAUGGAGUGUAUGAAAUAUCUUUGAAUACUGAAAUGAGAUCUGUGUACUGUGACAUGAGUACAGAUGGAGGCGGUUGGACGGUCAUUCAACGAAGGCGGGAUUUUUUUUUUUUUGGAUUUUCGUCGAAAUUGGACUGAGUAUAAACAGGGAUUUGGUGACCCUUCUAAAGAAUACUGGAUUGGGAAUGAUGCGAUAAACGCCUUGACUAGUACGAAAGACCAGGAGCUUCGGAUUGUCCUCAGAUCGUAUAGAAGCGGUGAAAAGCAUGCCCAAUAUUCAACAUUUUAUGUCGGCGACGAGGAAAGUAAAUACAACCUCACUGUGUCUGGAUACUCUGGAACUGUGGAUGACAGUCUGACCAGUCAUAAUGGAAUGAGAUUUUCUACGUACGACAACGAUAAUGACAAAGACUGUGCAAGACUUUUUCAUGGAGGCUGGUGGUAUAGUGACUGUGGUGAUUCAGACCUGAACAGGAACUACGAAACCAUAUUUGGUUUUAGGGGAGCUAUGGUCAAUGCACGGGGAGGGGUUACAUGGUUGCUAGGAACAGUGAUGAUGACACGACCCAAGAGUUCUUAAAUAUAUUUUAAUAAAUUUUAGAAGUGCACAAAAAGACAGGUAUAAUCAUAUCAGCUAACACAAUUGUGACACAUAUGAGGGGGAAACGAUAUUCUUUCUGUGCAAUAUAAUUAGGAAUACAUGUACAAUUAUGCUUUACAAGUUGUGAGUGGUCAUGAUACCAUAUUUCCAAUAAUUAUACUGAAAAUGCAUCUUCGAAUAUCAGACAUGUUGAUAAUGAUUUCUAAAGCAAUGAUUUGCAGUGUUCAUUUCCCAUCUCCGGUGUGUCCACGGAUCCCUGUUCGUCCAAUUCUCUAUUUUGUAUUGCUUAUAGGAGUUAUGAGAUUGAUCACUCCUCUUUAUAUUCACCUUUUUUAAUAUAAUAACCUAAAUUAGAUACUGUAACAAUGCAAUAUAGAAUUAUCUAUUCUGAAGUAGUUCCAAUUUUUCAUAUUUUCAUGUGCAAUAUAUGUUUGAAAAAUCACUUUUUUCAA